AUGCUUCUCAUCCACCAGACUGGCAGCGUCAAGAUUGGCGAGGUUGUCCGCUAUACCGUCACCUACGCUCCCUCUCAGGACCGCAUCCUGCCGUCGCCAGAGCGGCUGUAUGUGCGCAUACGUAACACGUCCAACAUUGCCCUGCGAGCGGCCUUUGUCCACGGCCCGUAUACCCUGAGCGUGGCGACGUAUCCUGCCAAGUUCAACCCCAACGAAAAGUUCCCCAGCCCGCGCCGCUAUGGCGUCCCCGAGUUCGAGCCGAUGCUCAAGGCCGGAGGUUCGUGGGAGUGUCAGCUUGUCGUGCCGGAAGACAUACGGCAGGCGGCGGGGACGGGAAGCCAUGGCACGUUUGGCAACGGCCCGGAGCACGAUUCCGAGAGCGUGAGCUGGAUCAUCGAGAUCUCGUCACAGGUCAUCUUCUCUACAUCGGCGGCGGUGGGAUACGAGCUUCUGGUGGCGAGAGAACAGAAAUCAUUGAGCCUGAGCUCCUCCGUCCCGGUGGUAGGCGGCCAGGCCCAGGUACCACAGCCGGGAAAGCUAGUGGACCAUCAGCAGAGCAUUGGAGCCAAGGACGGGCAUCAUCCGGGACAGCCUCGCGGGGUCUUUUCGAGAGCGGUACUUGUCAAGGUAGAAGACACGGCGACUCUGUGGAACACGCCCCGGUUGCCGGUGUGGGACGAUGCUGGCGACAAGAGGAUUGAGGAACGGCCUACUGCCGACGAACCAGUGGAGAGCAUGGUUAAGACCGGCGAUGCGGAAACCGAAGACGAGCCGCUCCCACGGAAGCAAAAGAAGAUUCACCUUGUCAUUCUAACGCAUGGAUUGCAUAGUAACUUGGGCGCCGAUAUGCUCUUCAUGAAAGAGAGCAUCGAUGCUGCUGCGAAGCAGGCCAAGAUUGAUGCCAAGGCGAGAAGAGCAAAGCAGCGUGCAGAGGCCGACGCUACUACCGACAACGGCAGCAAGGCAAAAGACGGUGCUUCUUCGACAGGAAGCGAAGAUGAUGACGAGGAUGAAGACGAAGAAGUCAUUGUGCGAGGAUAUUCCGGAAACGCCACCAAGACGGAGAAGGGAAUCAAGUACCUUGGCAAAAGGCUAGCGAGAUAUGUCCUCUCCAUGACCUACCCGGACCAGCCAUUCUUACCGAUAGGAGGAAAAGGCGCUUUCGAAGGGUUUGCCCACGGGCUGGGCGAUCAGGGGGCGCACGACUUUAUGCAGGCUCACAAAAACAGCACCAUCGUCAAGGCCGCCGACUCGGAGGGAGCGCCAGACCACAAACUAAUCCGGAGACCUUACAAGGUCACGAGCAUCAGCUUCAUUGCGCACUCAUUGGGCGGCCUUGUGCAGACCUACGCUAUUGCAUAUAUACAAAAGCAUUCACCACGGUUCUUCGACCUGAUAAAACCUAUUAAUUUCAUCGCACUGGCCACGCCCUUCUUGGGCUUGAGCAACGAAAACCCUCUCUACGUCAAGUUUGCGCUCGAUUUUGGCCUCGUGGGGAGGACGGGGCAGGAUUUAGGCCUGACGUGGAGAGCACCGACGAUUGCACGAAGCGGUUGGGGUGCCAUUGUGAGCAACCUGGGCGAAUCUGCUCACAAGAAAGUCUAUGGCGAAUCGCAGCCCGAGUCCAAGCCUCUGUUACGAAUCUUACCCUCGGGGCCGGCUCACAACGCCCUCAAGAAAUUUCGAAAUCGAACAGUCUACUCCAACGUGGUCAACGAUGGCAUCGUUCCGCUGCGCACAAGUUGCCUGUUGUUCUUGGACUGGCAGGGUCUAGGCCGCGUUGGCAAAGCAAGGAGAGAUGCCGGUCUCGUCGAGACGGUUGUAGGCUUUGGAUGGGCCGAGCUCACAGGUGCCAACAUGGGAUCAUCGCGGCAGAAGCUGCAGAUUCCUCCGGAUGACAUUGAGACCGACUCGGGUGCUACGACCCCUAAUGGUGAUGGUAGCAAUAGCAACAGCCAUCAGGUGCCGCAGCCAUCCAACGAUGCUCUCGCCGAAGACGACCGGGCUAGCUUACGCUCCGUUCCAGCGGUAUUUCCAGAUGAGCCACUGGAAAGCCCAGGAGAUAACCUGCUUCACACUCCGCUCACCGGAUUCUUUAAUUUAUUUAGGAGCAACGACCCUCCAAAAGAGCAACCCGUGACGGAGAAGCAGAAGAAGAUAUUGCGCAGGAGCCAGACACUUAAGAACGGUGGAGAUGCUUCCAGCACUGCCGACAGCUCCAAUUCGUCAGAAACGGGCAAACGUUCCGGCAAGGCAACUGCAGGGCACGAGCUUGAGAAUGAUAUAGAUGGCCUGACAGCACCGCCCAGGACCACGUUCUUUGAAUCUGCCGGAGACCUGCUCAAUCCCAAGAUUCCAGAUGUGGAGUGGCUCGUUGAUCCGUCGAAGAGGCCACGGACAAUCUUUCAUGACCGAGUGUAUCAUCCGACAGACAUCCCCGCGCCACCCUUGAAGAAGCGGACGCCCUCUGCGCUUAGUAAAAUGAAGCUCAAGUCCUCGUCUUCGUCGCUGCUCUCGCCCGGCGGCAGCGGCUCAUCAACGCCGCAUUCAGGGAUCAACCACGAAGACUCAAUGACAUCGGCAAAAGACUACGACGACACUGCACAUACGGGUCCUGAAAAGCAGCCUAACGAGGUUGUUGACGGCUCGAGCAUGCGUGUUGAGGAAAAGAUUUCGCGCGGAUACCACAAGGAUUUGUCUUGGCGCAAGGUGCUUGUCAAGCUGGAACCAGACGCCCACAACAACAUCUUCGUACGCCGCAUGUUUGCCAACGCUUACGGUUGGCCGGUCGUCAAGCACUUGGUUGAUGCUCACUUUAGCGACUCGGCCGUUUCACGAUUACGCACCGAGGACGAGUACAUGGGCGAGCGGGCUUUGGACAUUGGUCAACCCCCUGGCGCGGACGGUCGCGAGACGAAAACGGUGUCUAUGCAGCAAGCCCGCGGUCUUGCUCCGGAGCCGACAAAUGCGAGCGAGGCUCGGGAGGCUCUCGACGAAGUGCCUCCCCUGCCAAGGACGCAAGAUACCGAUCGAUCCUCCAUGAACCACAGUCAUCAGGGCGAUAGAGGAGAUUCAAUGUCGUGGAGUGAGCGCGAUUGGGCGAGUAGCGAGAAUGAGGAUGAUUUUGACUCUAUUCAUGAUGCCGCGGGCGACAAGAAGCUGGAUAAACCAAAGGAGAGUCAAGGCGGGAGACUAAGUCCUUCAUCAUGGAACUGGACGGAGAAGAUUGUUGGCAAGGGGGCUAUGAAGGCGAGAAGCAAGAGUCCGACGAAAACGACGGCAGGAGGGUCUCUGUGA